AUGCAACAAGAAAAGGUUCCAACCGUAAUUAUUGUCGGUGCAGGUCCGGGAGGGCUUACUCUUUAUCAUUCUUUGAUAAAAAACAAAGAUAAAAAAGAAUUCAAUGUAAAGAUCUUUGAACGAGAAUCUGGUCCUAAAGAUCGAUGGCAAGGUUAUCAUAUAGGAUUUAAAUCUCAAGGAUUUAAAUCACUUAUGAAUUGUAUUCCAUCCUCAGUCGCUUUAAAUCUUCCAAAAGCAAUUCCAAAUCCAGUUCCUGGUGUAGAAUACCAUGGAACUUCAUUUAGUGAUCAUGAAGGAAAUCUUUUACUAAGACCUCCAUUUAAACAAUUUAAAAAUAUUUAUGAAAUCGCUGAAAUCCCAGAUCAUUUCCUAUCGGGAACUAUUGCUUAUCGUGAUAGACUUAGAGAUGUUUUAUUAGAAAAUGUUCCAGUUCAAUGGGGUAAAAAGCUUGUUAGAUAUGAAGAAACUGACGAAGGUGUUUGGGUAAAUUUCGAUGACGGUUCACGAGAAUUUUGUGACAUUUUAGUUGAUGCAAGUGGAAUUAAUUCUCCAAUUCGAAAACAAAAAAUACCAGAAUUACAAAUUAAUGAUAUUGGAACAACUCAUGCUGUUGCAAGUGCUGUCGUACCUAAGCAUCUAAUGGACAGGCUAAUUAAAGUUAAUGGAAAUAGUGUAAUUCAAAAAUUACUUGGAUUAAAUGGAGAUUCAACAUUUAUUGGAUUACGUUUAAUUCCAAUUGAACAAGAACAAAAUUUCAAGAAUAAAAACAAUUCUGAUGAACUUCAUUAUAGAAUCACGAUGUUUUAUUUUUAUUCUAGCGAAUUAGAUAAUGAAGAAAUCGAAAAAAUUAAUAAUAAUCCUGCAUUGGUUGUUGAACAUAUUAAAAAUAUGAUUCGAAAAUUGAGACCAGAGUGUGAAAUGACAAAUAUUUUAUUAGAAUUAUGGGAUUUAGUUCCUAAAGCAGUUCCAAAAGAAUCAGAAGAUUUUCCAUUUAAAACUUACAAUCCAAUACAACUAAGAAAAGUAAGAGAUAUCAAUCUAUUAACUAUUAAUUCGUGGACAAGUAGCCGAGUUACAUUAAUUGGAGAUGCAGCACAUGCUAUGAGUCCGUAUCUAGGAUUAGGAACAACACAUGCUAUUCAAGAUGCUGAAGCUCUUUCUCAAGCAUUACUUAACUAUUCUCCAGAAAAUUAUAUUUCUUGUAUUAAAGAAUAUGAAAAUAACAUGUUAAAACGAGCGCCUGUUGAUGUAUUAAAAUCUAGAUAUGCUACGAUAAAACAAGUUACACCAGUUGGAUAUUUUGGUCUUUUUAUUAGAAAUAGUAUACUAAAAACUACAAAUUUUUUAAUGAAAAUUCAUGAUUCUGUUAAAAUUUUAGAUUUAGUUAAAAUUCAUUAA